AUGUCUCAAUCAGUCCAUAGCUCUAACGGGCCAGUGGGUUCUGAUGGGGAGGGACCAAGUCAUUCCGAUUCAGUGAAUGCAACUGACAAGAAGGUCGGUGAAGUAAAACGAGUAUCGCGUGCCGGCACUCGCAGCGUACUAAACUUAAGCCCUACCCGACUAGCAAGGAAAAGAGCCAAUGACCGCGAAGCACAGCGGAAUAUCAGAUCAAGAAAUAAGGAGCAUAUUGAGAGAUUAGAGGCUCGCGUUGAAGAACUUACCAAAGGUCGCAGCCCCGACGUCGAGCUCGAAGAGGUGCACAGGCAAAAUGAGGCAUUGGUGGGGGAAGUAAGACGAUUGAGCGAAAGUCUAGCGCAGCUGAGGACCGAUGAUAAUUCGAUUACUGCUCAAGUUUAUGGUUUUAAUUUGGCGAGAUCACAACGGUGCCAAGAAGUCUCAGACACUGAGCUCAUGUCAAGGAUAUUAGGCAUUAUUUAUCCAGCCAAGCGGUGCAGCUUAAGUGCCAAUUGGAUGGCUACGGUCGUAGUACUCUUGAAACCUUUGAUCGUCCACAAUGAAUGGUCGUUAUACAAUGCUAAUCAAACGUCACAAAAAGGCUCGGAUGGAUCUACUGCUCUAAAUUAUCUGCGCGAUACCAACGUGUCUAGUUCAUCAACAAGAGAUAUCCCUCGGGAGAUUUCCACGACUAGGCCCAUUGACUCACAAACAUUUGAGACACUGUGGUACCAACAACCAGGAAAUUCGAGAAGCUCAACCGGUGCUAGCAGGCGCUCAUUCAGCACGGCAUUUGGACCUAUUGACGGAGUUCCACAGGUAAAUGGGCCGGCUUCCAUGAGUGCUUUAGACGAGACUAGUCGCUUCUCGUAUUUUGACCCAAACCAUCAAGUGAAUUUCAAUGAUGCAGGAAACUGGGCUCGAAAAUCUGUUCCAUCAGAUGCCCUUCAGAAUCCAAAUCUAGCUACCAUUCCUGGGCACACGCAAUCGCAACCCCAACCACGACAAACACAGCCUUUCAAUACUUCAAACAUGUCGAGCAGACCAGAGAUACUAUCGCCCUUACAGCAAUUCCAAGCGAAUCAUGGAAUAUCGUUUUCGACUCCACAGCCACUUCAACCUUGGGAUAUACCAAUACUAAAUACAUCGACCCCGACAUGUGGAGUUGACACACUCCUUAUGAAUAUUAUACGCACGCAGAAAGAAAUGGCGCAACAAGGGGCAUCGAUAGCUCAAAUAAUUGGGCCUCCUCAACCCAGCAUGAAGGCGAUUAUUUAUCCUGAGGACCCAAACCAGACUCACAUUGCCUCCACAAUGAUCUCGAAUCUUCUCACCAAUCUUGCGGUUAGAGGUCUUCCCGAACGGGCAGGCUGUCUCUAUUUAAUGUAUCAUAUUUGUCAAUGGCAAAUUCAUCCUUCAUCAUCAACCUAUGGAUACUUGACAGAUUGGUCUUCGCCACGACCAUCCCAGCUCAUCACAGCUCAUCCCGUAUGGGCAGACUCAAUAUUCUGGGGCAAACUCAGAGAUAAGGUCAUUGAAAAUCAAGAACGUUAUGCCAAUGAAGAAUUCCAGAAUGCAUAUAUACUUUGCAUCAAUGCAAACUGGCCACGUCCCGAUCUGGAGGCAUUCAGAUUUGAAGGCAACGAUAUAUAUAUUACAGAAGAUUUUGAGACUCACAUCAGGAAUCUAUCAAACUGGAGUUUGGAUGAGAGAUUUGCAGCCAGGUAUCCUGAACUAGCACCAUUGGUAAACAUCUCAGGAGCAGGAGAAAUUGGCUUACAAGGACCUUACGUGGUAUAG